AUGAGUCAACUCUUGGAAAGCGAGAGUGACGCCGGCUCUUCCAGUAACGUGGAAAGUUCCAUUUCACAAGAUAACCAAUUUACCAUGCAAGAUGAGCUGGAACAGUAUACUAAAAAACUAGAUAUUUUGGGCUUGGACAAUGACUCUGAACCAUUGAACAAGGGAACAUCCUCAGGAAGCUCUGGAGAUCUUCAAGAAAGUAACGGGAAUAUCAUGGCUACAGCCGUACCGAAACGUAGGGCUCCCAUGACCACAUCUCGAAUAUUGACACAUCUCACGCCAGCAGGGGACGCAGCGAUUAAGCACGUGAUCGAUAAAGAACAUGAGCUUUUGCCGACCAAAGUACACAUAAAGUUCCAGCCUAUCGGUUCAGUGCUACAAGUUUCACCGCAAACCGCACAGAUUUCAUCUUCCCAGCCAUUUUCUGUGCUGGUGACCUAUUUGAAGAAAAAAUUGAAACUGGCUACUGUGCAUUGUUACGUCAACAACUCGUUUUCGCCCGCGCCUCAGCAGGCUAUUGGAGAUUUGUGGUUACAUUUCAAGGUGAAAGACGAAUUGAUCGUGAGUUACUGCAAGGGAGUCGCUUUUGGCUAG